GUCUUACAAUAAUAAUAUCGUAAAUUAUACGCCAAACGAAACACGGUGCGUGCUUGUUAUUUGGUUUUACAGACUUCAAGAGCUGAUCAGGUCCGUGAAUAGUUUUACCAAUAAUAAUUAGUUGUAUUACAGUACUACUGUUUGUAAUUUAUGACUUCCACUCGGGAGACAAUCGCCGUUCGUUAUUAAUUAUUAUACAAUACCUAUAUAUUAUUUUGAUCAUCGCAAUAAUAUUACCGCGAUCGUUUGUGGCGGAACACGGUCCGAUUUUCCGAUUGAAACGUAUUGUUUUAUGUACAUAUAUACCAAUAAUUGUAUUAUUAUUUUUUUUAUUUAUUAACAAAUCGUUGUGUCCGCACGCUAAAUGCAACAUAUUAUAUAUAAUAAUAAUAGUUUAGAAGAAGAAACACGGGAAGUGCUGUGUGCAGCCGACUACACGACGCCCAUAUUGAAUCGCAUCAUCGUGACCGGAGUCCAGGCCAGCCGCACUGGGAACGGCAGCUAUCAACAACGCUUUCCGUCUUGACGUCGCCGCCAAGAUGGCUGACAAUUCUUACGUUUCGCCGAAUGACAAUUUUAUUUGUGGUGUUGUCGAAGGAUUUUACGGAAGACCGUGGACUACUGAACAACGUAAAGACUUGUUUCAAAAAUUAAAAAAAUGGGGAGUAGGUUGUUACGUGUACGCGCCCAAGGACGAUUACAAACACAGAGCUUACUGGAGAGAUUUGUACACCGUCGAAGAAGCGGAACAACUUGGCGGUCUCAUAGCCGCGGCCAGAGACUGUGGAGUAACCCUGUAUUAUGCAUUAUCGCCUGGUCUCGACAUGACUUACAGCAGUCAGAAAGAAGUGUCCACGCUCAAACGAAAGCUAGACCAAGUGGCUCAAUGCGGCUGCAAGGCCUUUGCGUUAUUAUUCGACGACAUAGAACCGGACAUGUCGCCAGCCGACAAAGAAGUGUUUCAGUCGUUUGCUCAUGCCCAGGUGUCGAUUACAAACGAGAUAUUUCAGCAUCUUGGUCAGCCCAAAUUUUUGGUAUGCCCAACGCAGUAUUGUUCGGCUCGAGCUGUGCCCAACGUUCAAAACUCGGACUACCUAAACACCUUGGGCUCCAAGUUGGCUCCUCAGAUAGACAUUAUGUGGACCGGACAAAAAGUAAUAUCGCGCUUGCUAACUACUGAGUCGAUAAGAGAGAUCACCGAAGUACUAAGACGACCCCCAGUAAUAUGGGAUAAUUUGCAUGCCAAUGAUUAUGAUCAAAAACGGGUAUUUUUAGGACCUUAUCUAGGACGAUCUCCAGACCUCAUAUCUCAACUGAGAGGAGUGCUGACUAAUCCAAACUGUGAAUACGGUGCCAAUUUUAUAGCCAUUAAUACUUUAGCCCAAUGGAGUAAAUGCAAUUCCGAUCCGUCAAACACACAAGACAAUGAGAGCAUGAAAUUGGAAACUGAAAGUGACGAAGAAGGUGUUGUCGAUCUGCCGGACAAUAUUUAUCAUGCAAGGAGAGCGUUGCGUGUCGCCAUUAAAGAAUGGAAAGAAGAAUUUCGAAAACCAAAACAAGCCCACGGGCCUAUAAGCAAGCCGCAGCCCACUUUGUCGAUUAUGUCUCCCAUUGCCAUUCCGUUGCCUUCGUUCAACACGUGCAUGGCCACCUCGACGACCACCAUAACGACUUCAACGUCCACGACUCCUCUGCCUAUGUGUACGACCAAUAAUGUCGAGACGAUAUCAACGCCUUCUGUGAACGGCAACUCCACCACCUUACUACAACCUGCAGUUGCGGUGUCCAUCAAUCCACCCACUGUAAUUAUGAACUCUUUAGUUUCUGAAAACAAAGUCAUUAGUGAACCCAUGGACUGUAAUAUGUCGUCGCCGGCCCCAUCGCCACAAAGUUCGGACACUGCCAUGAACACUGACAACGGAUCUAGUGUGUCCAUGCAAGUAGAAACGCCAAGCCCCAGUGUAGACAUGAUUAUCGACGUUGUUCAAGAUCAAAAACAUUCAUAUGAAAAGGAUCUGACCGAAGGAGAUUUGUUGCUGUUGUGUGAUUUGUUUUAUUUGCCGUUUGAGCAUGGAUUUCAAAGUGUUCAGUAUUUACAAGAAUUUAAUUGGCUCAAAAGUAACGCUUAUUUAGUUUCAAAAGAGAAUAUAAGAAAGUCAAAAAAAGACAAUGCGACCGAAUCUAAACCAGAGGUAGACGAGUGGUUCAAUAGAUCGAGAAAAAUGGACGAACUGUCCGAACAAGUGAACGAGCUGUUUCAAAGACUCGCUUACAGUGCUAACCGAGAACUGGUCCACGACUUAUAUCCUUACGUUUGGGACAUACGUUGCGUUGUGUCGCUGUUAAAUUCUUACAUCAAAUGGCUUUCUCUUGGUCAUUUCCCUCAGUCAAUUAUCAAUUAUACUCUCGGAUCAUACACGUGGUUUUCCAAAGGAUGGAAAGAAAGUUUCAUGAGCGGCGAUCAAGAACCGUGGGUGUUUAGAGGUGGUUUAGUGGCCGAUUUACAAAGAUUAAUGCCCGUCGACGCUGGAUCCGAUUUAUUUAUAUACAAACCGCCAGACAUCCCGACUAACAAAAUGUACAACGUGCGACCUUAUACGUUUGACGACGAGUCUGCUGUUUACAACAUAUGCCGGUGUACCUGUUACACGGUCAACGAAGACAACAGCAUUAAGAAGUCCGACCACCCGGAUUUGAUUCCAGACAGAAUCGUCGGAGCCUUUUUGACGUUCAGUCCCGAGUUUUGUUUCGUCAUCGAGGACAACGGCACGGUUAUCGGGUACGCGUUAGCCGCAUUAGACGCAAAAGAAUUCUAUCAAAAACUUCAAGUGUCUUGGCUACCAGAAAUGUGUUCUAAGUAUCCCAUGUCGACUAGAAGUUCAAACAACGAUAUAAUAUCGGCUUUCGAUGAGAUUAUCAACUGGUUUCACAUGUUCGAUGCCAACGAUGAGUUGCCAGAAUCUUCAGCUCUGUCACAGCACAAGUCUGUGAUGACUUAUUCUAUUCUGCCCGUCAAUAACGAUUCGUCGGUUUCGAAAAGACUUAUUAUAUGUCUUCUGGCGGCUUUGAGAGCGAAUGGUUCAUUUGGCGUGCAUCUGCCGGUCAGAUCAAAAGAGCGGCAAACAAUAGAAGUCUACACCAAAAUGGGUUUCAUGGAACUCGCUCAAGGGACCAGUCGAGACAAUGGCAUCACUUAUUUGGGUCGUGUUUUUUAAACUUGACCUAAAACCCACUUUGUAUGAACUGCUGUGUAGUGUUACUACUAUAAAAAGUCACGAAGGUGCCUUUACAGUGUUGUCCAUAUUGAUUCAAGUCAUAUCAGUAAACAUAUUAAAAAGCUCUAAAAAAGUCUUUAAAAAUCAUAAUUUAUUAAAAAUGAAAUGUAACAUUUCAUGAUUCAUUUUUAAGUAACAUUUUAUAUUUGUUUUGUAUAGUUGAACAUGAAAAAUUACAAAAUUAAUUGUAUAAGAACUUAC